UGGAGACGGAGAACGCCGAAAAGAAAAGCAGAGAGAGAGAGAGAGAGAGAGACGGUUAGGGCAUACCAUUUCCAGUGACCCGCGGUCAUGCCGUAUCUGGUGCGUGACCACCUUUUCAUCAGCGACAUAAACGACGCGGCGGAGAUCUUGCAGCGCGGGAGCACCGAAGUCACGCACGUCCUCUCCCUCCUCAGCUCCGCCUCCAUCUCCUUCUUCUCCGACUGGAGGUCCACCGUCUCCAUCCCCACGAAGGAGAUCCGCAAGGUCUACGUCGGCACCGACGACAACCUUCCGGUCGAUGGCGAAGCUCCCGCCGCCCCACAGAAGCUCCUGUACUCGCUCGAACGGGCGGGGCCGGAACUCGAGCUGGUGCGGAUGGCAGUGCCGCUGAGGGAUAUGGAAAGCGAGAAUUUAUUGGAUUAUUUGGAUGUGUGUUUGGAUUUCAUCGAUGAGAGCCGGAAAGAAGGGUCGGUAUUAGUGCAUUGCUUUGCCGGCGUCUCGAGGAGUGCAGCCAUCAUUACAGCGUAUCUGAUGAGAACCGAACAUCUAUCUCAAGAAGAUGCACUUGAAUCUUUAAGGCAAAGCUGUGAGUUUGUAUGCCCCAAUGAUGGUUUUCUAGAACAGUUAAAAAUGUUCGAGGACAUGGGGUUCAAAGUAGAUCAUGCCAGCCCCAUAUAUAAGCGAUUUCAUUUGAAAGUAUUGGGAGAUUCCUAUAAUCGAGGUGAGAAGAUAAACAGUUCCAAAUUUGCGGCUGAUCCGGGUUUAUCCACAGAAGCUGUAUCUUCUGAAGUAGCUCCCAAUGGAGAUAAACCAACUACUGCUUACCGCUGCAAAAAGUGCCGGAGAGUUGUUGCAUUACAAGAGAAUGUUGUCGGCCACACUCCAGGUGAGGGCGAGACAUGCUUCGAGUGGCAAAAGCGGAGAAGCGGCAACCCUUUUAACAGGUCUGAUGAGCUAGAGUGCUCAUCUAUAUUUGUUGAGCCUCUGCGAUGGAUGAAAACAGUUGAAGAAGGUGCAUUAGAAGGCAAGCUCUUGUGUGCGCAUUGUGAAGCUCGCCUGGGCUACUUCAACUGGUCGGGCAUUCAGUGCAGCUGCGGGAGCUGGAUCACCCCAGCCUUUCAGCUCCAUAAAAGCAAAAUCGACCUCAGCACUUUGUAAACUCUCAACCUCAGGGCAAAACAAGCGAAUUGGGAGGACUCCACCCAUCAGCCAUAAGAUAAUCAUCAGUGCCCCUCUCCCCGUAUCGGGCACUGGUGUUUGCAAUCAAGUGGCAAUUUCAAAAUGCUAAAUUUACAAAUUGGAACAUGGAUUGCCCCCCAUUAUAAGCAAAUAAUGACCUUUGUUUCUAUGGAGGGGACUUGAAAUAUGAGGAAUACAAGUACAGACAAGUGCAGGUGCAUGUGAGUAUAUGUGAUUUUGUAUCUGCUUACUCAAGGAGAAAUGAAAAUACAUAUAGCCUUUUGGUACAAGGUUGCAAUAACGAAAAAGAAAAAAAAGUGAUUUUCUUC